GUGGUUCGUAACUUAAUGCAGGAAGUGCAGAAUGGGCCUUUCCCUAGAGAAUGUGUUUUAAAGGAGAUGCACAUCAUUUGUCGGACGACCGUUAUACUGGGUUAUAGAAUAUUAGUCACUAAAUAUAUCCCUUCCUGUCAUCGGAGAGAAAACAGGAGCAGUGAGUUAUUUGUUGAUAAUCCUGGAGAUAAAGAUAGAAUAGCAGUUCGUUUGAAUAUAACUUUACCUAGACUUAGUUGUGAUGUUGUUGGCUUGGAUAUUCAAGAUGAUAUGGGUAGGCAUGAAGUAGGAUUUGUAGAAAAUACUGAAAAAACACCAUUAAAUAAUGGUGCUGGUUGCAGAUUUGAAGGAAAAUUUUAUGUUAACAAAGUUCCUGGAAAUUUUCAUGUAUCUACACAUGCUGCUUCCAAACAGCCCGACAGUAUAGAUAUGGCUCAUAUUAUCCAUGAAGUAACAUUUGGUGAAAAAUUGGAUAAACCUUUAUCAGGAAGUUUCAAUGCAUUAAAAGAUGUUAACAAACAAGAUGUGCAAUCGGUAGAAUCGCACGAUUAUGUGAUGAAAAUUGUGCCUACAAUUUAUGAAGAUUUAGAUGGAUCACUAGUUCAUCUGUAUCAGUAUACGGCAGCCUAUAAGAGUUACAUUUCUUUUGGCCACAGCGGACGCAUCAUGCCAGCCAUUUGGUUUCGGUACGAUUUGACUCCGAUCACCGUAAAAUAUACAGUGAAAAGACAACCUCUGUAUAGUUUCUUAACCACUAUUUGUGCAAUUAUUGGGGGAACUUUCACCGUUGCAGGCCUUAUAGACUCGCUUUUGUUUUCGGCUUCAAAUAUAUUUAAAAAAUUUGAAUUGGGAAAAUUAAGUUAGACAAUUUUUCUAUGAAAAUUUGUUUUUCAUCCCACAAAUGGUUUUUAUAUAAGAGAUUUGUCUCAUAUUUUUUGAUGGAUUAACAGUGGAAUUAUUUUUGUUCAAAUAAUUUUGAUUUUUUUUCCUCUUAUAAAGUGAAAUUAUUUUAUUAAAAUA